AUGGACAGCGGCGACGAGGAAGACGUGGAGAAGCUCCGCAUCCACCUGCGCCCCAUCACUCUGCGCGACGCCGCGCCUGCCGCGCUGCACCUUCUGCCCUGUGAAGUCGGGGUUAGCCGGCCGGCCCCCGUGGAGCGCUUUUUCACCCCGGCCAUCCGCCAGGGUCCCGACGGGCUCCAGGUGUCGUUUCGGGGCCGCAGUCUACGGGGCGAGGAGGUGGAGGUGCCGCGCGGCCUGCUGGGCUACGUGAUGACGAUGGAGGAGAAGCCGGUGGGGAAGCAGGACUUCUCCGCGGGAUCAGACCGUGACGAGCAGGGGCUGGUGGAGCCCCCGGAGGCGCUGGAGCGGGACUUCGACCGCUUCAUUGGCGCCUCCGCCAGUUUCAGCCGCUUCACCCUGUGGGGCCUGGAGACCACCCCCGGCCCGGAUGCCAAAGUGCGUGCGGCCCUGGCCUGGCCCGGCCUCGCGGAGGCGAUCCACGCCCAGGUGCCGCAGGACUGA